AUGCAGAGACGCGGCAUCGGGAGAGGGGGACUGAUCGAUCUCAUCGGAAACAGGACAGCAAGCACACACACUCACACACACCAGAGGCUAUUCACUGAGUGCUCAUCAAGUUACCCACGCAGGGCUCUGGCAGCGUCGUCGUCUACCCAGGUCUUCGAAUUUCGUGGGCAGAUCGUCGACUGCGAGGCAGCACAGAGAUGGUGUCAGGCAGUGCAGGCAGGGAGGGCAGUACAGACACAUCGACCCCGGCAGUUUACUGUCAAGUGGCGCCAAAGCCCAAAGCCUGUUUCUCGUCGUCGUCGUCCCCGUGCAGCGCAUCGUACACACACGUCGUCGACGUCGUCGUCGUCUUCCCCGCACUCCCAUUCCUCACCUACUAUAUCUGUCUGCUCCCCUACUCCAGCUGGAUCCCAUCCCCUUCCUUCCCCUCCUUCCUUCGUCUUCUUCUUCUUCAUCCCCGUCUUCGUCUUCGUCUUCGUCGUCUUCUGUUGCUCUUCUUCUUCUACCGUGAUUGUAACUUCUGGUGGGCUGUUGACCCUCUCCGUCGCUAACAAUCCCCUUCGCCGAAACUCUCACCCCCUCCCCUUGUGCUCGCUUUUGUUGCCUUCAGGUCCCUGUCGCUCUCGAGAGCAUGCAUUCCAGUGUGGAAAAAUAAAAAUAGGAGUGAGCAGUGAUGCGCUUCGGAAACCACACCCUUCAACUCAGAACUUCGAGGCAGUCGAUAAGACAACGCAGAACACAAUCUCAGUUAAAGUGUUAAUUUUAAUGUGCCCCUAUUCGUGGAGGUGGAGGACCAUGAGAGCAUCUGGCCCGAAAGUUUUGUAUGAUCCUGAUUGGGGAGGAUUAGUGGGAUCCCAGUAUCAGCAUCUGCGACGAUGUUUUACCGUGCGGUCUUUUCCAUGUAGGUCGCCGAAGCCGGUGCCCGAAUUUACGGAUAAAUAUGUGAAUUGGGCCAGCGCGUGUGCCGCCUUGCUGCUGCCACAUGGAUCAUGCUUCCACGCUUCUGCAUAAAACCCCGGAGUCUUAAUUGCGUGAAUUCGUCGGCACCCAUUCCUCGCCGAGGCACAAUCAACAGUGGGUCAUGGUGAAAUUUGAUGCUGCUGUUGCGAGCCAACCAGUUGCCCCUCUUCGAUAGCUGCACCCCGCACAGCCAGAAACGCGACCCCAUUGUAGGGUUUCGUUUCAGGAUCCAUUUCCCAUGCAUCAAAUAACUCAUUUUUUUAAAUAAAAUUAAAUAAAACAAGAAUCCUCCCCCGUAUGAAUGAGGUUGUGGGUAUUAGUUUGUGAGUGUUGUAAAGGAGGGGCAAAGGGAAAAUUCUGAAGCGUGGCAGUCAUAAAUGAGUUUUUAAGAACUGAUAUUUUAUUCUCUCUUUAUUAUUACUACUUACUACUUUUAUUACGUUAA